GAGGAAACGGGGAAGCUGUGGCAAAUUCAGAGAACAUAAAAGCUCCAGCCAGGAGGGAAGGAUAAAAUGAGUUUGCCGAAAGCGAGAGAAAAGGAAAAGGAAAGCUGGUGGUCGGGAUCCGGCGAAGUUCGUCGGGUUUCGCCCAUUUGUGGUUCGAGCUUCGAAAGAAAACAGUUUCAAUCUGAGUUUCAAGCGCACAAAUAGAUAGGAUUCGGAAAAUGAAGGGAUCUGGGCCUUUUGUUGCGACUGUGCUCGCUGCUUCCACGGUGGCUCUCACAUCUUCCUCCUCCUCUGGACUCAAUGAUGUUUGUUUUUCUCCGACCUCCUCCGACCAGGGCUAUAACUCCACGUUAAAAAAGGGCACGUCGAGGAACUGUACGGCGUCAGAAAAGGAGAAAUUCGCGCCACGAUUUGAUGGAUUGAGGUUCAUAGAGACGUUGGUCACAGCUCACAGAUAGAGAAAUAGAAACACAAAAUGCCGUCCUUUUGUCGUGGUUUUCUUCGUCGUUUUUGGUCUUUAAAAGGUCGCGCUAAACUAUACCCGUUUCAUUUUUAACCCAAAAAUUGGUUGUUAAUUGUUAUAUGAUGUGAGAUUAUAGAGUGCCUUUUCUUUUUUGGGUUUUGUUUUAUAAUUCCCAGUUAUUUUUCGUACCCUUGCUAUGUCUGUCGAUUGAUUUUGAUGGUGAAAUUAGAAAAACUCUAAUUUCUGAGCGCUUUAACUUUCUGCCUCGGUUAACUUCUUUUAGAGGAAAUUUUGAAUUUUAUAAUAACAAUUUGCCAAGUAUCGUAA